CGCGCGCCUUCCAGCACCCAACCGCCGCUCCAGCCUCUCGCCAUGCCUACAGACCUUAGCGUGUGGGCCGGGCCGCUGAGCCUACAGGAUGUGGAUGAGCAGCCCCAGCAUCUACUGCGGGUCACCUACCCCGGGGCGGAGGUGGGGGAGCUGGGCCAAGUACUGACACCCACCCAGGUUAGGAACAGACCCAGCAGCAUUUCCUGGGAUGGCCUUGACCCAGGAAAACUCUAUACCUUGGUCCUCACAGACCCAGAUGCUCCCAGUAGGAAGGAACCCAUGUACAGGGAAUGGCACCAUUUUCUGGUGGUCAACAUGAAAGGCAACGACAUCAGCAGUGGGAAGGUCCUCUCGGAUUACGUGGGUUCCGGGCCUCCCAAGGGCAGUGGCCUCCAUCGUUAUGUCUGGCUGGUGUAUCAACAAGACAAGCCACUGAAAUGUGACGAACCCAUCCUCACCAACCGAUCUGGAGACCAUCGUGGGAAGUUCAAAACUGCAGCCUUCCGCAAGAAGUAUCACCUGGGACCCCCGGUGGCCGGCACGUGUUACCAAGCAGAAUGGGACAACUACGUACCCAAGCUGUACAAACAGCUGUCUGGGAAAUAGGAGAACCACUUGAUGGUCAUGGCCACAUGUGCCAUACUAUUUAUCAGGUUCAACAAUGCGUGGCAUGUCUUUCCUUUUCCCGUUCCCACCUGUGUAAGGGAUUCUUGAGGUGUUGUAGGGCUGUGACUUUUUCUCGCUGCUUGCCCUAAAGAUUUCAAAUAGUUUCACCCAGUUUGUUUAGAUCGAAUUUAAGCUCCAUCUGGCGGAUAGUGAUGGGCUUGUUAUAUUGUUGUUAAAAGAGUAAUAAUUCUGAAAAAAAAAAAGAAGGCAAAAUCCAAGUGAAAAGACCAGACCUACAGGAAGAAAGCAAGUAUCAGCCAUUAAGAAGACACUGAUGUGAUGACUCUGCCUCUGUCCUGAAUCAGGAGCUGUGCACAGUGGCUCCGUCUUCUCGGACACGUUUUAAGGUCCUGUUUCCCACCAACACAACCAGAGACUUUGUAUCUGGGCAAUCCUAGACAUAUAGCUGGACAUGUAUCUGUGUCUUACGGCUCUAUUAAAGAGCAGAGCUCCGUUAAAAAGCAAUCAGGAAGACCCCUCUGCGUGGGCUGGCUUAGCAUGAGCCCAACUGCAGUCCUGAGCAAGAAUGGCUAAUCUGGAAGUUGCUUGUGUUAAUUCUGUUUGGUUAUUGUCCAAUAAAUAAUUUUAAAGCAAAAACACAUUAU